AUGGAGGAGCAGGUCUAUGUCCGCCAGGUGGAUGCCAUAGCCGCCGUUUCUUCUGCGCAAAUUGCUGACCGGAAUUGGUGGCAUGUUGUAGCCGGGAACCCAGCUUCAGACCAGGCACUCAAAGCGCAAGCCUUUGAAUAUAUCAGCCAGCUUCGGUCAGACCCGUCAGGAUGGCAGCCUUGUCUCUCGAUAUUUACCAAAACGCCCCGUCACUCGGAGAUAGUACGGCAUGUGGCUUUGGAGAUUGUCAACGGCGCCACGCAGUCCGGCCAGGUGGAUUUACAGGGCCUCGGAUUCAUCAAGGAUAGCCUCAUGGCCUAUUUGCAGGAGAUGUACGGCCCUGGGGUGACAAAUGAACCGGAUCAAGCAAAUAUCCAGAACAAGAUAGCUCAGACGAUCACCUAUCUCUUCUCCGCUCUCUACGGCAAUGGGUGGGACACCUUCUUCGACGAUAUACUGCGCUUGACUUACAAGUCACCCGAAAACCUGGCUCGAGACAACGUUUUGGGAACCAUAUUCUUUCUUCGAGUUAUCAAUUCCAUCCACGACGAGAUUGGUGACGUUCUGCUCUCGCGUUCGCGGGCCGAACAAGACAGGGCAAACACGCUGAAAGACCUUAUCCGUGAGAGAGACGUACAGAAGCUGGUUACCUCGUGGCAGGAGAUUCUGUCACAAUGGCAGGACCAAGACAACGUGAUUACUGCCAUGGUUCUCAAGGCAAUCGGCAGCUGGGUCAGCUGGAUAAAUAUUUCACUGGUCGUCAACCAGAGCAUGCUCGAUCUUUUAUUCCACCAACUCGCAAAGGCCAAGGACCUGGGUCUGAGUGACGGAGGGGAGAGAGUUCGGGAUGCUGCUAUCGAUGUCUUUACGGAGAUUGUUGGAAAGAAAAUGAAGCCGUCCGAUAAGAUAGACAUGAUCGUUUUCUUGAAUCUGGAAAGCAUUGUCUCCCAGCUCUCCACCAGUCCGUCACUGCAUGAAUAUCGGUUCACGUCAAAAUACGAUACCGAUCUAGCAGAAACGGUGGCCAAGCUGGUAAACAUCACAGCUUUGGACAUUGUCAAAGCGCUCGAAUCUGACGGAAUUGAUACCGCAACGAAAGAAAAGGCUGAAGCUUUGCUGCAGGCCUUCUUACCUCAUGUCUUACGGUACUUCUCCGACGAAUAUGAUGAAAUAUGCUCGACAAUUGUGCCAUGUGUAAACGAUAUGCUCACCUACUUCCGAAAAGUCGCAAAAAAGAAUCCCGAAAUGGUAUCUCAGCAGAAUCACAUGUUAUUGCCGAUUCUCAAAGCUAUCAUCCAGAAAAUGAGAUACGACGAGACCUCCAGCUGGGGGAGUGAGGACGACCAAACAGAUGAAGCGGAAUUUCAAGAGCUGCGGCGGAGGCUCAACGUUCUACAACAGAUCAUUGCAUCAACAAACGAACAGCUUUUUAUCGAGGCUGUUACCGACGUGGUCCGCUCUACAUUCUCUAGUCUAAGGCAGCCUGGUGCACAGCUGGACUGGCGUGAUCUCGAUCUAGCCCUGCAUGAGAUGUUCCUCUUCGGAGACCUCGCGAUGAAGUCCGGAGGACUGUAUAAUAAGCACAAACCAAAUAAUUCAGCUGCCGAACGCUUAAUUGAAAUGAUGUUGGUAAUGGUAGAAUCCGCUACACAGCUGCAGUACAUGGAAAUAUGCGUCAGGUACAGCGCAUUUUUCGAGCAUCACUCCCAUCUCCUUUUUGGUGUUCUGGAGGGGUUCCUUCGUCUUGCCCAUCAUCAGAUGUUGAAAGUUAGGACUAGAUCAUGGUAUCUAUUCCAUCGUCUUGUGAAGCACCUCCGAGCAUUCGUCGGGAAUGUUGCACAAACAGUAGUCGAAGCUCUCAGCGACCUUCUCACAAUUCAUGCGGAGGUGCCUGGGGAGAACUCAGAUGGAGAUGACUUAUCCUCUGAAGAUAUCGGGGGGGCUCGGGACACAGUUUUUACUAGUCAGUUAUAUCUUUUUGAAGCCAUUGGAACUAUCUGUUCGACGGCGGGAUCGGUCGAAAAGCAAGUUUUUUUUGCACAGUCGAUUAUGAAUCCUAUCUUCAUGGACAUGGAGAAGAACCUGCCAGCUGCUCAGGCUAACGAUGAACGUGCCAUUCUGCAAAUCCACCAUGAUAUUAUGGCUCUUGGUACCCUCGCGAAGGGCUAUUCUGACUGGAUACCUGGAUCCACCUCCCCACAAACACCACCUCCUCCAGAAGUAUCAGAAGUAUUCGGACAGGCAUCAGAGGCAACAUUAGUUGCUCUUGAAUCGUUAAAAUCUUCGUUCACUAUCAGAACUGCAGCUCGAUUCGCAUUCUCUCGAUUUAUCGGUGUUAGAGGGUCAAGGGAUCUACCGCAGUUACCCAGAUGGAUCGAUGGUCUACUUACCCCAACCUCCUCCAAGGAUGAAAUGGCCUUAUUUCUCCGGUUGUUGGAUCAAGUCAUCUUUGGGUUCAAGUCUGAAAUUUAUUCUAUUCUCGAUACUUUGUGGACGCCCUUCCUCCAGCGAGUGUUCGCUGGCAUCGCGGAACCGAUAACUGGUACUGAUGACGAAAUUCAGCUCGCUGAGCUGAAGCGCGAGUACCUUAAUUUUUUGCUCAUGAUACUAAACAAUGACCUUGGUUCAGUAAUAAUUAGCAGCUCUAAUCAAUCGAUCUUUGAAACCGUUAUAUCAACCAUUGAGCACUUUGCGAAAGAUGCGGAUGACUUCCCAACCGCUAAAAUGGCGUUCUUGGUCCUUGCCCGGAUGUCUAGCCUCUGGGGUGGGCCUGAUAUCGUUCCUCCCGCGAAUGGCGCUACCACCACCCAGCCGGAGACGGCAUUGCCUGGAUUUGCUCAGUUCAUGAUAACUCGUUUUUCUCCUCUCUGCUGGGCAUUACCAAUGAAUUCUUCGUUCAAUCCCAAGGAUGCUCAAGCGAAACAGGUUCUAGGCGAAGCGGCAGCUAUGCAAAAGGUGAUCUACUCCAAAACUGGACCUGAAUACCUCCAAUGGCUUCGGAACUCUGAAUUUCCAGGUAUGGGAAUGGGCACAGAUCUUAUCAACGAAUAUUUAUCUUCUUUAGAGCAGUUAGAUGUAAAGGCUUUUCGACAGUUUUUCCAGGCAUUUAUACAACGGUUAAGCGCAUGA